GUUGCCCAUGACCACAAAUCAAGAAUGUUUGCCCUCUCUCCGCAUUCUUAUCGCUAUACAGAGAUAAUAAGACCAAAAUUUCUUAUUUUCUAAAAGUUCAUUGUACGUACGUCACUUAUUAUCUGAAGAGACGCUUAUGAAUUCUACUUUACAUCAAAUGAGUGAUGUACUUGGCAGGUUUAUAAACAAACAGCACGAUAUCCGGCACAAAAUCAUGUCCUAAUGGUCCUACCUAAAUUACAAUUAUCAGAACUCUGAGAACAAGAUAAAAUCUUAUCGCCUAUAUUUACAAGGUUUCAACAAAACCCAUCUGCCCUCUGAUGGUCGAUUUUGCAAAAUGGAAAGAACACACUCAAAAAGCACAAGCAAUCGAAACCACUCCGGACACAAUAGGAACCCUGAAAGUACAAUGGACAUAGUCCUUGUCUAUGUACCCAUCAUGGCCCUGCUUGGUCUCACUAUCGUGCUUUUCAUCUAUCGUCUCUGGUCAGAUCUAUUGAACCGUCAACGACUCCACCUCGCUUUGCACUAUCCAUGUCAAAAUCCACUCAGUCAACCAAGCUAUAUCAAAGCCAAACUCAACCGACACCUGAUAUACGCUCCGUUGUUUAAUCGAAGGCAUAAUCGGGAGUUCCGAAUCUGUCGCCGCCGGGUACAUAUGGGAACAAUUCCCACUAGACUCGAGACACUACUCAUCUUCAGCUAUGUGGUUUUGAACGUCGUUUUCUGUCUGAUAACGAUCGAUCGGUCGAAAGGUCUCGCCACAUCUUUGCAUAGGUUGAGUAGUACAAGUGGGACUCUGGCUGUAGUAAAUUUAGUUCCGUUGGUCAUCACGGCUGCUCGCAAUAAUCCAUUGAUUCCACUCCUUCGAUUACCAUUUGACACUUUCAAUCUUGUACACCGCUGGCUCGGAAGGACGAUUGUGGCAGAGGCAAUCAUUCAUACCUUGGCUGUGAUUUUAAAUAUGGGUCAGAAAAGAGGAUGGCAAAUGGUACCGCAUACUCUGUUCAACAUUCCGUUUUACAUUUUCGGUUUUGUGGCUACCGCGUCUUUCCUUGUUAUUUUGUUACACUCUCUAUCGCCAUUUCGACACGCUUUCUAUGAGUUCUUCCUACAUUCUCAUAUAGUCUUGGCAAUCGCUUCUUUUGUUGGAUUGUGGCAUCAUUUAGCACAUUUCAUGCAAAGAUGGAUUUUCCUCGCAGCCUUGAUAGCUUGGGGAAUUGACCGAAUGUUUCGACUUGGCACUGUGUUAUGGAAAAAUUGUGGUAAACGCCUCACCAAAGCUAACAUCCAACUUCUCCCAGGCGACGUAGCUCGAGUCGAUGUAUCCGCGACACGUCCUGGCAAUUUCACCGCCGGACAGUUCAUGUUUCUUUACAUCCCGGCUCUAGGGUUAUGGACAUCUCACCCUUUUUCCGCGGCCUGGAAAUCAGUCAAGCGACCUAGAUCAUUCCACUCAGAAAAAAGCAAUGAUUCCUUCAAAACUCUCCUUGGAGGCAACUCGAUAGGACAAGAGGGAACAACGGUUUCGUUUCUAAUUCGCAAAAAGGGCGGUUUUACUAAGAAAAUGAUGAAGUCGCUCGGGACUGCACACGGACGAAAAAUCAACGUUCUGGCCCUAGCCGAGGGUCCGUAUGAAGCAGGAGGAGUACAUUCAUACGACUCUUACGGAACUACUCUUCUCAUUGCCGGCGGUAUUGGCAUCACGCAUCCGAUUUCAUAUCUCCGCGAGCUCGUGAAUGGAUUCACAAAUCGUUCUGUUGCAACUCGGCGAAUCACGCUAUUAUGGGUUGUGCGUAGUAUAGACCAUUUGCAAUGGGUUCAGCCAUGGAUGAAUUACAUCCUAAACCACCCAGCCUUACAGGGCGCCGUGACCUUCUCCAGCAGGUCAACGAAUCCGCGCGAUCCUGGCUACUUUGUUGAUGACGACGCUUAUUUCCAGCAAACCCUAUCUCUUUCAAUUCAUGUACACUUAACUUCGUAUUACAGCAGUGACACGAAUUUCACCAGUAAUCCUGUUGACUCCGGAUCAGCUGAUUGCUCGUCGCUGUUGAGCCACGACGAGGACAACAGCAACGCGGAUUUCGAUCCUAUUGAUGCAUCAGUAUUUUCCGAGAAUAUCUCAUUGCCUUCUCACCGCUCAAUAUCAUCUUUAUCUUCGUCAUACCGAUACUCAUAUCCUUCGAAUCCGGACGACCUCUCGAAUCGUCCGUCUUUAACAUCGCUUAUCAAUGACUAUAACCAUCACCAUGAUGAAUACAAUAAUAACCAAUCCAGCAAAACAACCUACGGCAGAAAUAAUAUUAAUGAUUACAGCAACUGUUACAACCAUUACGAUCACGCGAAAUCUCUCAAAACUCAAGACUGGACAAAACUUACCACGGCGCCGAUCACAAUCAGCUUGGGAAAACCACUCUUUCGUCAACUCCUCGAGAGAGAAAUGGCCCAACAGGUCGGAGCAAUGGCAGUCAGCGUCUGUGGACCAGGCGGUAUGAGUGAUGAGGUCCGAAAGGCUGUAAGGGAGGUUCAGGGAAGGAAAGCUGUGGACUUAUUUGAGGAGAGCUUUUCGUGGUGA